AUGAAGCAGUUAGGGAUAGGCAAGUUAAGGAUGCUCAGGUUGUGGGAACAUAUGGUUAAAGAAACCAACCCAGGAUCUGCAGCUAACCGUGCAUGGAAGCAACUUAAUCCACCUGAUCCAUCCCUCACUUUCUCAAGUAUAUUCAUUUCAUUCAAGGCUGCCAUUGAUGGUGUUGUUGCAGGAUGUAGGAGUUUAGUGGGGGUUGAUGGAGCUCACUUGAAAGGACAUUUUGGUGGGGUCCUUCUGUCUGCUGUGGCUAUAGAUAGAAACAAUAAAUUGUUUCCUUUUGCAUGGGCUAUAGUUCCCAAGGAAGAUGGUGAUAGUUGGAAGUAUUUUUUCUGGCACUUGAAGCAUAUUCUGCCAGGUUCUGGGAGGGGUAAUGGCUGGUGUAUUAUUUCAGACAGACAAAAAGGAAUAGAUGUGGCACUAACUGAGAUAUGGCCUGAAGUGGACAGGAGAUAUUGUUGCUAUGGACAGGUUAAGGCUGUGAAUCCAAUGGCUUGUGAAUGGUUGGCUGAUUUGGGGAACCAGUCAAGGUGGACAAGGCACAAAUUUGAUCCCAAAAUUUGCAGUGAUGAAAACAAGACCAACUUUGUAGAGAGUUUAAAUGUAACUUUGGGUGUGGACAGAUGCAGGCCUGUCUUAACACUUUUGGAAGAUAUAAGUAUAAGAAGAAUGUGCAUGGUGAGACAAUCAUCAAGAAGACAAAAGUGCAACAACUGGAAUGAGGAUGAACCAUGUCCUAAUAUAAUAAAGAGAAUAAAGAUGUUGACCUUUGAAUCAAGAACUUGCAAAGCUUAUCAGUCAAAGGAGGGUGAAUAUGAAGUGAAGGAUGGGAAGUCUAUGCUUCUUGCGUCACUAAACAAAAAGACAUGUCUCUGUGGGGCAUGGAAAAUUUCAGGUUUGCCUUGCAAACAUGCAAUUAGAGCAAUCUUGGCUGCUGGAUUGAACCCAUACAAUUUUUGCAGCACAUGGUUCUCAGUCCAAACUUAUAAGCAAGCUUAUGCCAACUCAAUACACUCUGUACCAGAUUUUGAGCACUAG